AUUCAUUAAUCCAACCACUGUGUAUCCUGAAUUGGCCUGACUGACAGAGAGGAAAGGAAACACGGACAUGUUUAUAUAGCUCUGCUCUGAACAGCGCAGGAUAAGCCACUCCUCCUUCUUUCAUUCUGCCACAGCUCCAGAUGUCUGUGAAACAUCUGCUUUUGAACAGGUUUUGGAAAACAGACCAGCCCAGUGGGAGGUUUGGAGGACGAAUGGGGGACCGUGUUGACACUUUUCAGUAUGAGAUACAGAGCAGCUGGAAUGACAGUCACUACAAAGCCUCACAACUCUGGAUCUGUGAAAAAGCGUUUGACUUCUGAUGUUACUUGUCAAACUAAGGUAAUGUGUCUUGUUAAGCACCAUAGAACAAAAACCUCUUCAAUCUUUGGGUUGUUUUUCAUUAUAAUUCAUUCAGUACUUUCUUUCUGAAACCAGCUGCUCAAGAACAAGGUGACCAGGACCAAACACCAGAGUCCAAAAGUCUUGAACUUGUUUGGUAGUGAAUGUGAAGGAAAGCUCUUGCACAAUAUACUUAAUCAUUUCACAUGUUUAUUUGUCUCACUCAAAAAAUAUUGAUACAAGCUCUUUGUCAUUUUUUUAUCCCAUAUAUUCAACCAUGAGCGGACAAAGAAUUUUCUCAACUCAGGAUCUAGGAUAUAGGAUUGAAAAUUACCACUUGAUUUGUUGCUAUGUUAUGAUUUCAAUGUUUUUGUUUAAAUCUUUUAUGUGUAUUUGCCAGGAUCCCCUCCACCAAGGUUCAAGUAAGCAGAGCCGGUACUUGAAGUGAGAGUGAAAGCGCUGCAGACUGCUAAUGGUAAGAGAGAAUCGACCGAAUUUCUGUCUCCAACACUGAACAUUGUUGUCAGAUUAGCUUUUCUCAGUAACCUAGCUAAUAUUCACAACUAUGUUGUAUGCUUUUGAUCACAAUUAUCAAAAUAGCAGCCCUCUAAACUGAGUGAAUCAUCUCCUACCAAAAGUGUGGUGAGGGGAGUCAAAGCCAAAUCGUUUUAAAGGAAGUGGUCGCUGGAAACAUGACAACUCUCCUCAGAGGUUGCCAAGUAGUUCAAGAGCAAAUGCAACUAGGAGCAUUUUCUUAUUCUUCUAUGCAGGGCUUUGCAUGGUUCAUUAUCUAUGCAGGAGACUGGGUAGACAUGAGAAACCACACAGGGUACUAACAAAUACUGACUAUGUGCUGCACAUUGUAAAUCGAAAAAGAAGUGAAUUGAAUGGAACUUUUCUCUACUUAUCACACAAACCCUUUGACACACAUUUAUACACUGGUGAUACUUACAGUGAUUGGAAGUGCCAAUCUGCCACCAGGGACCUCACUAACCCAAUUUAUACUUUGAGUAUAUGUACAGCUGCUUAAAGCGACUGUGAGGCACCUGAUAGCUCUCAUCUCUAGUCCUAUUCAUGCAAUAGUAACCAGACAGACACCUUAUCCUGUAAUCUUUUAAAAGUGAGACUGAUCACUCAUUGUGAGUAUUUGCCAUGAAUGAUUGUUACUUCAGCGUGCUGUCAAUCACCUGGCCUGACACUGACCCCCUCACAGCAGCUUCAAGACUGAUGGUAUCUUUUGCUUUUGAAGGUCAUAAAGAGGCAUCAAAAUCAGUUUCAGUCAGUUAAAAACCCCUCACAGUGCCUUUAACACCUACACAUGCAUGCAUGCCUUCAUGCUGUUACAACCCAGCUCGGAAAGGGAAAGGACGUAACAUAAACCCAGGUUUAGUUAAAGUAAAAUGGGUAUUUAAUUGCAAAAUAAAUAAGGAAGUGAUGUUCCAACAUAAGUUUGAGGCGAAAAACAAAGGAAUAAGGAAUACUGCUCAAACAAACAAACAAAUGCAACGAAAAGCGACUCUAAACUAGAGUGAGAAACCAAAUCGCUUAAUCAAAUUAACUCAACUAGCAGUUUAAACAAUCGAAGAGUGAGCAGCACCCUAAUCCUUUACAAAGAUUAAAAAAAAAGAAUAUACAAUGUCGCCUCCACAGCAAUUAACACACACACGGAUCUCCCUAACAAAACGGCUAAACGUUUGAACGCAAGUGUCUGCCCCUGAGCGCUCUAGUCAACUCCCCUCUGAUUGGUCCUGCCGACCCGGCCCAUUAUCCAAUCCACGGCUGUCCUGUAGAGUCACAACUACUCUCGCGCGCGCACACACACACACACACACACUACCAAAUAUGGUAAAAGGCAGCACAGGUAGCCACCCUGAGAGAAGGGACACGGCUGCAGCCGUAAUGAUGUUCGUGUAAAAGUGGAUAAUAAAGUAACAUGUUAUCAAACACUGAUAAUAGUAUGCGUAUACCACUAUGAGUGUGAGUGUGCUUACAUAUUACCAGGUAUAUUUAAAGAGCUGUAGGUUUGCAUGAAUGUGGGUUGAGUAUGUGUAAAGACUACACAUUGAGAAGAGGCAGCCUUAACACUGUGCUGUGGUAAAAGUGACUUAAUGGACAACAAGAGAAUAUGGUCACGCAGUUUUAUGGUAGUGACAAGCUCCAAAGGUCAUCUCUACAUGAGCUCCGGAGACCUGAAAUGUUUUUCAUAAAAGUUCAUAAGGAUGCACCAAGAGCACCAAAAAUAUUACAGCAAGCCUUCCCAGAAAUGUCAGGUUGUUGAUGAUAGCACAAACAAGCUUUUGACUUGGAUGCUUAAGGUAAAAAAGGUCAAAUGUACACACUGUAGGGCUCAUAUACAGUCUGUAAAGGUGUAUCAAUCAAUCAAUCAGUUUUUAUUUAUAUAGCACAACACCACAACAAUCAUUAUCUCAAGAUGCUUUCUUAAAGAGCAGGUCUAGAUCUAUAUUAAUGUUUGAAUUAUAAGGACCCAACCUCCAGAUGGGACAAGAUUGAGUCCCAUCUAGAAAUAUAAGACCCAUUCUUUACCCAUCUGGAACCAAAACGGGUGAAGGACUGUGCAGUAUUUACCAAGUUAUGGUGGCGAGGAAAAAAAAAUCCCUUUAACAGACAGAAACCUUGAGCAGGACCAGACUCAUGUUGGACAGCUACCUUUACUUUACUUUGGAGUCAGCCAGUCCUUCCUCUCACAUCUCCAGUCAGUACAAGACGCAACCGCCCAGCUCUUGACUGGAGUACUUAAGAGGGAGCACAUUACUCCCAUCCUGGCAUUUUAGAGUUCAUUGUAAGAUUCUUUUAUUUGCUUUUAAAUCUUUAAAUGGUCUGGCUCCACCUUACCGUUCUGAGCUUCUCCACCCCUACACCCCUGCUUGGUGCCUCAGGUCAGCUGAUCAGCUGCUCCUGGAGGUACCAAGGUCCAAACUGAAACUCAGAGGGGAUAGAUCUUUUUUCUGGUGAGGUCCAGGUCCAGAGGAACCUAAGAGACGAAGGAGCUCAGUGCCUGAGGCGAACAUUCAUAAAUGAUGCAGCUGGGGUCAGGCAGGUCUGCAGCAGCCGACCGUCUGUAGCAUCUGUCCAGAGGGAAAUAUGAUACUGGGAAACACAGGAACUCCCAGAGAUAUUUGGUUAUAACUAUCAAAUUAUAGAUCUGUGGUUAGUAACUAGUAAGUGAAUUAUAGUAUCAUGAAGUUUUUUUUCCCCAAAAAAACUUAAAUUUCUUACUAUUUUGUACAGUGUCUGAAAAGAGUAUGUAUCUUUAUAUCAUCAACAUUUGAUUGAAGCUUUUGCGCCAUGAAUCACUGCAUCAUUGUGGUGUGGCACAGAGGGGAUCAGCCUGUAGCACUGCAGUGAUACAUAAAACUACAGCCCAUACAGGUGGUUUUAAUGGCGGCCUCUUGCUGAUCUGCAGUAUUAGGCCAUGUGUUUAUCAUCUUUUUCUUUACAACACCUCAUAAGUUCUCUGUGAAGCUCAGGUCAGCCGAGUUUACUGGCCAGUCAAGCACAGUUAUGUCAUGGUCAGGAAUCCAUUAGAAAGUGGUUUUGGAUGCAAAGUCCUGCUGGGAAGGAGAAUCAGCAUUGUCAUAAAGCCUGUCUGCAGAUAAACGUAAGAAGUGCUUUUAAAUGCCCUGGCAGACAGUUGUGUUGACUUUGGACUUGAUAAAACACAGUGGACUAACACCGGCAGAUGACAUCUUAGUCUGUGCCUCUCUGAUCUUCCUCCAGACUGAAGGCUUCAAUUUCCAAAUCAAAUGCAGAAUUAGCUUUUAUCUGAAAACAGGACUUUGGACCACUAAGCAACAAGUCAGGUCUUCUUCUCCUUAGCCCAGGUGAGAAGCUUGAUUGCAGAAAUGUGGUCUCAUAGUGGCACUAACUCCAGCCUCAGUCUUGUCCUUGUAAAGUUCUCAAAGGGUCUGGACUCAAGUUUUUUUCUUGAUAUUUCUCUCAAGGUUGCAGUCACUUGCAUUUCUUGUGCACCUUUCUCUUUCAGUGUACUCUAUUUUAACAGCUUCAGUGCAGUACUCUCUGACAGCCAGCCUUUUGACAAUUCUCAGGUCAGCAGUCUAUGUUUUGAAUCAGUCUCGGAAAUAGCUCACAAUGUAUAUAUAUAUAUUUUGCUUUUUUGUGGUUCUUUACUCAAACUCAAACAGAAAUAUUUUAAUAUUUUGAGUUUUUUUCUACAUUUUUGAACUGUAGGUCAUAGUUAUAAAGGUUAAUAUAGAAAAUGCUUGAAUUUUCUUUAAGUUACAUUUUAAUUUAAUGAGGCUAGAAUAUAAAUAUUAAUUUUCUUUUUAAAAAAAACUGUUGGAAAACAUUGAACUUUUUUGCAAAUUUCUAACUCAUUGAGAUGGACCGGAAUGUUUAUAAAUCUGGAAUGAGAAGAUGAACACCAUUGUAAAAUAUAAAAGAACUGAAUCUCUUUUUUAUGGGAGCAGCAAACUUUCAAACAUGCAGUUUUUGCCUAUCUGACCUAUUAGUCUGUAUUUCGCCGUAUGUGCCGUUUAUCUCAUUGUCCUUACCCGCUGAAUACUCAAAACUUUUUUUCAAACAUUGGAUUUCAAGUAGUGCCACCCCAUGUCAAAAGUUAGGCUAUUAAGUAUAAUUCUUCAAAAGCAAGCAGCUAUUUUUUUCUAGUCUGUGUCAGUAGGUCAAAAAGGAGUCUAAAAACCUGCUAAAGUAAGGCAGGUAUUUCACCUUCUGGUGCAUCCUCAUUAACCUGUCCAAGCUGUUUGUAGUAUGUAUGCUGCCUGGAAACUCCUGUUUUACGAGUUAGACAAUAAAUAUUCUGAGUACCAUGUAUAUUUACAACAGUUUUCACAUUUGGAGUUAACAAAUGUUACCUCCUAAAACUACCACAAUGCAAACAGUUUGUGAUGUUGAUGUAGAAAUCCUGUCCACUUUUUCUGAUGCCAGCCUCAGACCAAACCUUUAAGAACAUUUAGUCCCAAAUAUUUUACAAAUUGGAUUUUUACAUUUUUUACCUUUUUACCUCACUGUAGCAGUAGCCAGAUGACUUCUUGGGAAACACUCUGCAGAAAUGCGAUUAUUUUCAGCUAGAAAUAAAUAAUUAAAAUGUUUGUAACUGGUCAUGGUCUAACUCCUCAUAAGCGAAUUUCUGGAUAUUUUUAUUACCUUUAAAUGGGUAAAUAGCUACAUAAGUCAGAUCAGUCAAAUUCCUCUGCUAUCUCUUCAAUGUUGUCAUCACCUUUUUUUCCAGCCUUAUCAAGCAUUUUGUUGCUCAUGUUAGUCUGCAAGUCAUUUUUAUAACUCAGCAAACUUGCACAACCUGAUUUCUCAGGUUGUGAACCUGUAAUAUUCCCCCCCAUAUGCCUUGCAGUAAUGGGAUUUUUAGUUCAGGGAACACAACGGAGGAAGUUUCCAAUGGAGAAGCAGAACAAGUAAGUCUUUAAAGGUUAUGGGGUAGCAAAGUAAUAUUAGAGGCAGAGUACUACUGAAAGAAAGUGGCAUACUGUGUUGUUUGUGAUGCUGACUUCUAUAGACGGUAGCUGCCUUUAGAUGGGCACAAAUAAUCAGAAUAAAUGGGAUAAAAGAGCGUCAUGUUAACAUGUCAGUUGGAAGAUUCUGAUCCAAUUCGGCUCAAUCGGAGAGAAAUUGUAUUCCGAUCAAGAGGGGUAGUUUAAACCGGUCGUUAUUUUGAAACGCGUACUUGUAAACACUAAUUCCGAUCGUGACUCUUUUACCUGACUCGAUCUUCACUCUUCAGCCUUUGGUUUAUUUAUUGAGGCCAGUACAGCAGGUUUUAUUAUUAACACUCUGGUAUAAAACACAACCGCAGGAGCCGUGUCUGCUCCUCCGAUAACAUAACAUACACAGAGCGUAAUGAUGUCACAUCUGCACGCUUUGUCAGGACAGUAAAAUAAGUGAGCAAGGGCGCCACCUAUUGACAACAUUCAACAGGGGGAAAACUCUUGAAUUGGAUGGAGUGAAUUUGUUGGUUUGUUGACAGUACGGGCAUAAAAACAACUCUUCCUCUGCGUCCAAAUGCUUCGAAUCUGAAUAAAACUUGGUGCAUGUACACGCACGCCAUGAUCGGAUUAUAUGACUAUGCGCCCAUAUUAAACAGUGGAUUCAGAUUAUCCGAUCCCUCAAAAUCAAGGAAUUUUGCUCAUUGUAAACAUGACUAAUGUUUAUAUGAAGUUAAGGUGAAAAAAGUGCAGGGUGUUGCUAGUAGGUCUGUAGGCGUGUCUCCCUAAUCCAAAGGAGGCAGAUAAGGACAAAGACUGUUUGUGUUGAUGUGCUUCAUGAUGUGAUUUGGAGCUGUUCUGACAUUUUAUUCUCACAGAAUGUGUGUGUGAGGACUGACUCUGUCUUAUUUCUUUUUUUUUUCUUUUUUCUUUUUUCUUUGUGUUUUAAGUAAUCUUGGGGAUCCUGCCGUGACAGCCUUAUAGUCGUCAUCAUUUCACCUCACUUGGCUGUUCCAGCAGCGGGACCAUGCCUAGAUUCCAGAGAGAAGCUAAAUUGCAGCACUGGUUCACCUUGCUGUCAGGACUUGUAGAGAGCAUGCUCUUCUCAGGGAUGGGCUAUGGCUGGGCUUCUCUGGUGUUUGUGCUGAAAGUUGAUGGAUACUUUUCUGGAUACUGUGUCAACACAACCAGAGAUAAUGACCAUGCUGUGUAUGCAGGUAAAAAAAGGGUGGGUUUGAUUAAUGUGAAGAAAAAUGCACAGAUAUGCUAUUUAAAAAAAUAUCCUUCUUGUUGGUAUCUGUAGUUAUACAGUUUGACUUGGAUGUCAGAUUGGUUCAAAGCUGUGUGUAAGGUUUGAGUGGCCUAUUAUUGGUUGAUAUCCUCAAAGAAAAAAAAAAAAGUACACUGUAUUUUAUGUAUAACACUAAACAAUGAAAAUGUCUGUCACAAUUAUGUGAAGUCUCAUAAGCGCCAGCAAACUUGCAAACCAUUAAGUCUGACAGACAGGAACCAAAAUAAAAUUGGUUCAGCCUGAUCCAUGCCUCACUCAGCAGAAUUAGGACAUAUUUUAACAACUACCUCACCUAAUUUAUCUGUUCUUUUGUUUUUGUUUUGGUUGCAGACUGCACAGGUCAGGAUGAGCUGUUUUCUCUCAUCAUGUGUGUCGCUUUAAUCACCAACACAAUCAUACGCUUCCCUGUUGGGUGUAUAUUUGAUCGCUUUGGAACAACAGUAACACGGCUAAUAUCAAUGUGAGUACAGAGGAGGGCUGUGGUUUUAUUUUGAUUAUUUUAAUGCUUGUGAAGACAUGUUUGUAUUAUUGGACUUGAAACAACAAGCCAGAACAAAAACCAGGUUGCGCAAAUUCUGCAAAGAAGCCUUGCCGUGUGUCUGUUUAGCCACGGAUGGCAGUUGUUCUGUAAUGUGUCACAGCUGCUGGACAGGUGGACUGGUCACUACAGUGGUACACUGUCAGUUUGAUACUAAACUUCUUUUAGUUUUAUUGACAAAAUAAAAUGUAAAUUAAAAAAAAUGUCAUUUUAAACACAGCAACUCAAAGGAAAUAUCUUUUAAUGGCUUAUUUGGUGGACAAAAAGGUCAAACAUGUUAUAAAGAUCUUGAUUUGGUCUGCCAGUGCUUUGGUUUUUGAAAGUCGGGUGAAGAAAGAAGCUGCUUGUCUGCAACACAGAGUGGCAACAGCAUAAUAUAGUAAAAAGUGGCUGUGAAAGAUGAAUAACUGUGACUGAAUUUGAAAAAUAUUAAAGUUUAUUUUAGCACUGUUCAUACAACUUUAAUUAGGCCUAGGUAACAGAUUUGGUUGCUUAGUAAUUGUCCAAGGAAAUUGUCCCCACUAAAGAGCCACCUGAUGGCACUUUAUUUACAGUUUAAAUGCUGUAAGUGCCUCUAGUUAGCAAUUUGUUCACAUUUUACACACUUUCAGGGCACCUCAUUUUAGUUGUUCUUAAGAGAUUAUUUGGUGGAUUUACGUUUCAAAGAUACUCAAAAAUAUUCAUAAAAAAUUUCCUCGGUUUCAAAUACAGACUUACCUCUCAUCUCUAAUCGACACCUCUCUAUAUUUAAAAUGGCAGAUGUUAGUGAGAUGAUUCCUUUGCCAUUAUUGUUUCCUAAAAAACUUAAGCUACUUCACUGAGUUUGGUUAUUUCAAAAGUGAACUUGUUAAGUCUGUUUCUUAUUUACAUUCUGAGCAACAUGUCUGGGCACAAAAUAUACUGUAUCUCAGCAGAUUUAACUGACAUUUUCACUGAUGAAAUAAUGCAAUGUCAUAAAUAACUGUUGGUCUUUCUGCAGAUUGUUGUACACCACCGGCACACUGUUCAUUGCACUGUUGAAAGACGGUAAAAAAAGUGUUUUUGUACUUUGCAACUUAACCGUUUUCAUGUCUGUUUGCUCCUCUAACCUCUCUGCUCUGUCUUUCAUAUAGAGACAUCCCUUUUGCUGUUCCCUGCAAUAUCAUGUAUCAUUAUAUCUGGUAUGGUCCUCCACACCACCAAUGUUCAGGUGCUACUUUAUUUAUGCCUUAAAAUCAGGGAUGAUGUAUGUGUUUGUGUGCGACAAAUAUGAAUCAUAAAAACAAAAGCAUUUUAUGCAGCAUAGUAAGAAAUGAUUAUUUGUUUAGGUGGGGAAUCUGUUCCACCUCUUCCGCUCCACCAUCAUAACCAUGUACAACGGAGCCUUUGACUCCUCUGCUGCAGUGUUUCUUGUCGUAAAGGUGAUGCAAUGAAACAUGUGAAUGAGACAUUAUUGCUCUUCAAUUCACUUUAAUAGGCUAAAUUGAACAAAUUUUCCUUUUGUCUUUCUGUCUGCAGCUGCUGCAUGAGAGAGGAGUGUCUCUCCAUUCUUCUUUUCUUUUUCUCACCUCUUGCAGCAUCAUCCUUCUUCUGCGAACCAUCUUUCUAAUGCCCAGAGGACAUAUUCCCUACCCGCUGCCCGAGACAUACACAUACGGGUCAGAACAAACUGCAUUAUCCAGACGAUUCAGAAUAAUCUAAAGUCAAUCUCUGCUUGAGGUUACUGCCUGUUAAAGAGCACUAAUGUCUCUAUUGCCAAGCACUCCCUUUAAAGUGGAACUGUAUUGUGUUUGUGCAUCAUGGUAGCAAGAGUUAUGUCUAAAUCUUCUCAACAUGAGUGUCUAAUAAUGAGAUGAGUCAAUCUCAGUCAAUUAGUCAAUUUGAUGUUUUCAUUCACCUUCUUUGCUGUGACAGAGUAAAAUGCUCCAGGACGAAUCGAGACAAGGGAAAAAAAGCAACUGAAGAAAUUAAGAAAGAAGAAAACAUGAGAAUUCAAAAUGACCUGCAAGGAGAGGAAACAAAACUAGGAGAUGACUCCAGCAAAGAGGAAGGUAUGGUGAUUUUGAUGAUGGUUAUCAACAGUUAGCAAUCAAUGAUGUAUAGCUUUUGUUUUAAUUUCAUCACUUUGCAAACUACUGACUGUUUUGUUUGGAUUGUAAAGCUGUCACUGGUCAAAGGUCAUGCCUUUUGUUGUAAAGGUCUUGAUUAGGUUAGCAUGUGUGUUAAAAGUGAGCCACUUUUUUAAGACUUUGCCUUUUGAUGCAUAUCUGUUUAUGUGUGGCAAUGACAAACAGUGAGAUAAACAAAUCUAAGUUUUAAUUUAAAUAGUGUAAGACUGUUAACAGAUUUAGUCAGUAAUGUUGAUUCUAUUAAUCAAGUUAAAAUCUCAUCUUCCCCUACAAAUGUGAAGUUUUCUAUAUGAGACAAGAGCAAAAAAAGCUUUUGUAACAAUGCCACCAUGAUUGGUUGCAUAGGUUAUAAAUUAUGUCCACAGACUGUUUCAACACAUUAAAAGGUCUUUGUGGUAAGUUUGAAUGUCUCAUGUUGGAGGGUUUAUGAAGCUUUACAGUGAUUAAAGGCCUCAUUUACAUUUUUCUCUCUGUCUUUUCACAUAUAGCUAGUUUCCAGAGCUGUGUCAUGUCGUGGCUCUUCCUCUGGCACCUGGUGUGGGUGGUCAUCAUCCUCUUCUGUCAGUUCAUCUUCCUAUCCAACGUCAACCCUAUGCUCUCUCGGCUGGCCAACAAUGACCAAACUUUAGGUGAGGUGUGAAGACUGAACAUAUGGAGCUCUUUUUUUUCCUGUGUCUUGCUCAUUGCAAGGGCUUAUUGUAGCAGGGUGACUUAUAAUGUCAAAGACUUUAUGCUUGAUGGUGCAGCAGUGGGUCUGCGGAUAAAUAAAGUAACCAACUCGUAAACGAUGUUAAUACAAAAUGAACGUAAGGAAACUCCAAAAGUUCAUAAACCUGGUCCAGCUAAGGUUGCUAGAGCAAAAAUAUGAAAAUAUAGAGGAUUUAAGGGUAAAGGGUCAGUCAUUCUUGAUUUUGUUUAACUUGACCUUCAAAGCGUAACCGUGUGACGAACUUACCCUAUAUCUAAAAUAUUUCCUCAUUCAUGAUAAGAUGAAAAUGCAUGAAGUUAGAUGUGUUCCGUUCAUCUCAAUUUCAUUUAAAAAGCUUUAUUUGUUCCCAGGGGGGUGAUUAGAGGCACAUAGAGCAACAAGUAAACAAUGUAAACACAAUGUAUUUACUGACCAAGCGGCUGUGCUUCAAAAACAGUUAUAUGAAAAUCAGAUCAAGCCAAAAACAAAAAACAGAGAGUCAGAUCAGGUCAUGAAUCAGCUAAGCUUCACAUUCCUCUCUUUUCUAUUUGGUAUACAGAGCAUGAGCCCUCUUAUUACAUUUUUAGACAUAUUAUUAGACAUAUUUAAGUCCAGUUCAGCAGAAACAAGGUCUCAAAGGCUGUGAAAAAAAUUUCCUCUUUCGUUUCUUCACACCUGCAUCCUUUUUUCUCUUUUUCUAUAAAGUUUUCUCAAGAUGAACCCCAGCUUUAUUUAUUUCUGCCUUUUUUCAGGUGUCAGGAAGACUACUUGAUUUAUAAAACUAUAGAUUUUUGUUUCUGUGAUAAAUCCUACAGACUGAAUGGUGUUGUCCUUAACCGAACAUUCCCUUUUCUUUUCACCCUCUUCUUCAGUGAGUCACUACACCAAUGCUUUCGCCCUCACCCAGCUGUGCAGUGUUCUGUUCGCUCCCGUGAAUGGGCUCAUCAUGGACAGACACAAGAAAAAGCCUCUAGCUACAGGUUGGUUUUAUUCCUUGAUCCUACUCUGAGCUUUGUGUUUAAGCAAAAGUGUGGCCAGGUGUUACGAUAAACCAUCAAAGCCCAGGGAAUAACUAUGUAGCCUCUUAUAUAGUGCAUUCCCUCAACAGCUCUAUAGUGGAUUUCUGCUAUGCCACUGUGCUCCAUGUACAGCCUGUGACUAAUGGCAGGUUUGAUAGACUCCAAGGACAGGAACAAGACCAAAUUUACAGUCCAGCUGUUUGUUGCAGAAAUGAUUAUGUGAUUACUUAAAGGGAUAUUCCAGUGUAAAAUUAAGUUAGGGUCAAACACACUGUAACACUGAGUUAUAGACACCCCCUCAAGAGAUGAAUGUCUCCGACCGCUUGCUUCUCUAGUUAUACCAACUUUAGUAACGACCGCAGAGAGCAAUACACAGCUGUCUUUGGAUACUCACGCAAACCUCAACCAAAAAGCCACUAGUGGCCACAAAUGAUGCUCAGAACAGCACCUAACUUCAUCAACAGCACAUAUAGGAUCCUAGCCAUAGCACUAGCCACCAAACAUCUUUUUAGCUUUGCCUGAUUUCUUUAGCAAAGAGACUAAACACAACUCACCAACUCUCUUCCAGCAGCCGUUCGUUUGUAGGGAGAGCUCGGACAAGUCGAUCACCGACUGCAGCAGGGUGACGCAGCUCAAGGAAGAACAUUUAUGAUAAUCUCUUUAUCAUUUCCUUGAAGUAAUAAUUAUCAAAAUAAUCAUUUUGAACUGCAGACGCGGUAGUUCUUCUGCCUUAGCGUCUCGGUCUGAUUGCAUGUCCAUAAAGUAAUGAUCGUAAAUGUUCUUCCUUGAGCUGCGUUACCCCACUGCACUCGGUGGUGGACUCGUCCGAGGUCUCAGUAGACCGCUGUUCUGAGCAUUAUUUGUGGCUAUAGAGUGGCUUUUUGGUUGAGGUCUCAGCGUGGAUCUAUAGACCGCUGUGUGUAAGAUUGAUUGAUUGAUUGUUUCAUUUUUGAUUGGGACAUUGAAGUGGCAUAUACACUUCAAUAAAUUCAUAUUAAUUAUUCUUAUUUAACUUCAGAACCACAAUUUUUGUAAACACCUGAGCCAUCUGACCGGUUCUCUCUGCAAAGGCCUCACUCCGCAUCACCACUGACUUCUGUCCACUUCCCCACAGGAGAAACCAGACGAGAGGCUGACCUACGUUCCUCCCGCCUCUCCCUCUUCCUCACCUCUCUACAGUGUUUCCUAUUCUGCGUGUGCUUCACCUGUCCUGUGCUCCCUCUGCAGUACUUCACCUUUGUCCUGCAGGUUGUCAACAGCUCCUUCUUUUAUGGGGGCCAUCAAGCCUUCGUCAGCAUUGCGUAGGUCCAUAUUUCUGUCUUAAUUUCACCACACUUAAGAGUAAACAGCUUAUUCAGGCAUCUAAAUCUCCUCCCUCCCUUGUUCUGUUUUGUCUUCUCCUCUUUUAUCCCCUCCUCCAUCUCUGGUCCAUCUCUGCAGAUUUCCUAUGUCUCAUUUUGGGAAGAUGUCAGGAAUUGCGAUGUCUUUAUCAGCUCUGGGGCUGCUUCUUCAGGUUCCUAUCUUGCACUUUAUCCAGCACCAACUCCACGGCGACCCUUUUUAUGUAAGUGUCCUGAUGUUGUGUGAUUCUCUCCUGCUGCUUUAGAGUUUAGAUAAAACUGUUUUUAUUUAUGUAUCUCUUUGCUCUCACAGGUAAAUUUAGGCGUGACUCUGGUGUCUCUUCUGGCCUUUAUACACCCGAUCCAUGUCAGCCUCUACUGCAGGAAACUGAGCAGACAAAGAACAAGGAUAUAUCAAGAAGUUGAUAACAAAUGCUCUUAAAACAUUGAUUUUUUCUCAGUGUAGGUCAUUUUACGG